AUGGCUGAAUUUGCUAUUGCUGAUUCAAAUACACUUGACACGGAAUAUCUGUCCAAGACAGACCUUUCAAGGUGGUCGCAUAAAAAUGGAUAUUAUUCACUUUGCCGUAAAAUUCGUAAGGUUGUGCAUAUUUCGACCUUUACGGAAGUUUGGCUGAAGACUCUAGCAGCCAAGAAUUUGUCAGCUCAGUUAUUGUCAUCAAUCAAUACACGAAGGAAAGCGACGGUUUCUGACAAACGUCGACUGACAAAAGAAUUUCAUGAUGAAAAUACAAUAGAUGGCUUAGAAAGAGACGCGAUAACGCAAGGAGCAGCUCUACUGAAAUCAGGUAUGAAAUAUGAUACCACAAAAACCAUAGUCAACUUGGAGGAUGGCGUGAAACGCAGAAAACUUAACUAUGCCACAGACGUUGUGUGUGCAUUCAAGAAUACCAUGCAUUAUCUUCCGGAGUUGCUGGGGAAGGAAAUAGCAGCAGAUCUUAUCAGUGAUAUUAAAAGAAGGGCAUUAAAACCACCAUCUGUUUGGACGCAUAUAGUAAAAUAUUUAGAUGCAGUCUUGAAUGCUCCAAAGGAAGGUUUCGAAGAUGCACUAAGACAGACCGUGAGUGAUAAACCAAAGUUCCAACUGUAUUGCAAGAAAGUCUUGACAGAUUUUUACCAUCUUGUUGAUAUCUUUCCUACAAUUUCCAUGAAUAUUGGAGAAAGGAAAUAUAUUGUACAAAAUGUUAGUCCGCUUUUUAAGUUUUAUGAAAGGACGUUUGAUCUAAUGUACUUCAAUUGGAUUGAAGCACAUUCAUAUGCAGCAAAGUUGGCUCGGUUACCAUCAGAAUCAGGUAUCGUUAAAGUAGAUGCCAACGGUAUACGAAUACAAGACAAUCAAGAAACAUGGCAUCUGGAAGUAGCCGGAUCGCCGAGCAUCUUUUCAAUGAAGCAUGCUAAUGAUAAUACGCGAAAAUCCAUGAACCUGGAACUUUUAACUUUAAUAGCUGUAUUACGAGAAUACCUAUCGGCUCCCAUACGAUUGGCAAAGAAAUUAAAAGUCUUUAGUUGUCAAGUUAUAGGUGAUCGAAUUACAUUAUACAGUCUCAAUCUCAUAGAAGGAGGUAAAUUCUUGGCAGAGGAAUUAGAAUCAGCGAAGAUUCCAUUUUCUUUUUCUUCCCGAAUGAGAUACAUGGGUAUAUUCAAGAUGAUUGCUCGGUUUCAUGACGAACUGAUGGAACAGGAAGAAAUAAUUGGAAAGCUUGAAGCUAGUCUCUAUGUUGACAUAGAUGAGUCUCCCAAAGUGCGAGAUGUCCUCACAUUCCCUGAUAAAUCACAAAUGCUUCCUUACACUAAAAGUAAACAUCAAGCUGAAGUUGAAUAA